AUGACAGAGAGUGAUAUCAAGGGCUUCUAUAUCAUCGGAUUUGAGACAUUUCCCUACAUCAGUGUCUACAUUAUCUUUCUUGCGUUUGUCUAUGUGGUUACACUAGUGUUCAAUAUUUUAUUGAUCUACAUAAUUGCCCGUGACCACUGCUUACAUACUCCAAAAUUUCUGGCUGUUGUCAACCUCGCAGUAAUUGAUAUAAUGUUAAACACAAGCACUAUUCCCAGCAUGCUAAAGACAUUCCUCUUUAUGGACAACUUUGUUCCAUUCAAUAUAUGCGUGACUUGGGUUUACAGUCUGGGACGAGUAGCUUAUAGCACAGCGAUCAUGACUCAUCUGUCUUUUUGCAGCUCUGUGAGAGUGUACAGCUAUUUCUGUGACUAUGCACCUGUAUUUAGACUCGCUUGUAAUGAUUACACAUUGCAGUGGUCGGUAGCUUCAGCUAGUAGUAUGGUGAAUCUGAUGGCCCCAUUUACUUUUAUUAUUCUGACAUAUAUCAGCAUCCUGAUUACUGUGUUCAGGAUGAAAUCAGUAAGCAGUAGGAUGAAAGCUCUCGCCACUUGCAUUGAGCACAUAGUCCUUGUUGCUGUAUUCUACAUUCCUAUAUUCAGCAUUUUCUUAAUAGGGCUAUAUGUGCGAGCCAUUGACCCAGACCAGCGUGUGCUGAGCCUGUCCCUGGCCUCAUGCAUCCCACCCUGCAUCAAUCCUAUUGUAUAUUCUUUAAAAACCAACAAUUUAAACCUGGCUUUAAAGUUAUAUAGUCACAAGAGGCAAUUUGCCUAA